UUCAUUUUGUGGUUAUGAUGAAAUCAAAAAUCCUAAAUCAAUUGCGACUUGUUUUUCCCUUCCUUGCAGAUGGUUCCCUGUGCCUAGGUUACAAGAAGUUCCUAUGCAGCAAUGGUCGUUGCAUCCCGGCUGUUCUCAGAUGUGACUCGGUCAAUCACUGUGGUGAUAACUCCGAUGAAACGGUCGGAUGCGAAGACGGCCUACCAUAUUACCUGGGCGACAGGGUGCUGGAGCUAAAUGAGGCCAUUUACAUUGGAAUAGCCAUUGCUUUCACCGCCGUAUUCGUCAUCUAUUUCGCCGCUGUCUGCACCCGGGACUCCUGUAAGCAAAUCAAACGCAGGGUUAAGAAAUUAAUGACCCGAGAUCAGGAAGAAGACAGUGAACCGGAAGAAGAAGGGUUGGAAGCAGAGCUCCGGCGAGCGCUGAUGGCUACCUCGUUGUACGACCGACGAGUAAGCCAGCCUUACGAUACCACCCUCAACACCAUCACCGGCGGGGAACUCGCUCGGCAGCUCAAGUUAGAGCUUCGGAAGAUCCAGGAGAACGCGACGGACUCUGAAUACCAUCGGCCAAAGUCCCAGGCCUCAAUGCAAAAGUCGAUCAAUUACAAUUAUGAUAAAAUCAACAGCACCAGUGAAUUAAUUCACCUUAUAGACAGGGAUAAUAAUAAUCAUUCUGAGCAUGGUAAUGAUAAUAUUCACUUCGUUGAUAGCCCUCAAAGCGAGCACAGAGUAUCUUUUGAAUACAUUCCAAGUGUUGUAGUGAGUGAGGAUGGAGAUGAAAGUACAGCGGAAGUAUUGUACGAUCCAAAUGAAGCACUUUCCAAAGGUGUGCCUAGGAAUUCCGUGCGGGGUUUAUACCAGAAACGGUUAUCCAGGACCAGUGUUUCGUCGAUUCCUGAGGAGGAAAUGCCUUUGAAAUCAGCAGGAGCUCCUACGACUGUUCGAAAUAAGAUAGGAACACCUUCCAGGUUUAAUGUUACAGCGGUUUCCGCAGAACAAUUGCCAUCUAGAUCAGACGGAGCUUUAACAUCUGAUCAAAAUCGGAAUAAAAGUGUUUCCCGUUUUGCAGUUACGACAGUUCCAGAUGAUGGAUUAUCAAAAUCAGGACGGGAUGGUACGUCCGUUCCUGUGAAAUCCACCACACCCAGUAAGCCGAGGUUCAGUGUGUCUAAGGUUCCUGAAACAGAAGUCCAGUUACCGCCCCAAAUUCAAAAGUCGGUCUCGACGCCUACCACAUCUAGAUUCAGUGUAACUUCAAUUGAUGAAAAUGAACUGAAGAGGAAAGAAGCGUCACAGACAAGAAGAGGUAGUGAUAUUCCUGGUAGAGAUAUACCAGCAGACAAAUACCUUCGAGUGCCGUCGCAUCGGAGAAGUUCUGCUGGCGUUGGAAAAACAGUAUCAUCUGUCUCCAAGCAACCAACGAGCCGCUUCAGUGUACAGUCAGUGAAAGACCCUCUUCAGGAUAAACAAAAUGAUCCAAAAGAUAACCGCCUUAAAAAUGACUCGGCAGGACAAACGGUGAUUGACUCUGGUAUAAAAUCAGACGUUGGUGAGAAAUCCGGAAAGCCAGUAAACCCUACUCCUAGUCGUUUCACAGUACAGAAAGUAGAAGAAGAACCACAGGAUACAGUACCAAAGAAACUCGUAAGCAUUUUGAAGAAAUUUGAAACCCUAUCCGACGGCACUCGGUCGUACACCAAACAAUCGUAUCGACCACGCUUUCGAAGGGCUAGCGAGGGUGCAACAUUAGACCGUCCUGAUGACGAUGCGGAUGACCUGCCGACCUCAGCUGUUACCGUCCACGGGUAUACUAGUGUCAAAUUCUGGGAUGAAAAACGGGGGCGAUACUCGCACGCAACUCAUCUAUGACCACAGCGCAUUUCACUUUGAUAAUCAAUUUGUUUAAUUCGAUCUUAUUGAGUGAAUUUAGGUGUGUG